AAACUUAAAAGAGUUAAUUUAGGGGGUCACGAACGCAUUGCGCGAAUUAUGUCAACUCUUGGAAGGAAAGCAAGUGUUGCUCGGUAUAAUCGAGACUCAUUGAUAUCUGAUGACUUGAUACAAUCAAUAAACUCUGAAGUAUACCAACGCAAAUAUGUUUUCGAAGUGGCUUGGGAGGUGGUCAAUAAAGUUGGUGGAAUAUAUACUGUCAUCCGUACUAAGGCUGCAUCUGCUGUAGAGGAGUUGGGUGACCGUUAUAUUUUAUUUGGCCCACUUAAUGAAGUAUGCAUGAGGACUGAGGUAGAUGUUGCAGAGCCAACAAAUGAGGCAUUGAAGCGUACUGUUAAAGCCAUGCGUGAGCAUGGCACAAAAGUAGUUUUUGGUCGGUGGCUUAUUGAGGGCUAUCCCAACGUUGUUCUGUUUGACAUAGGAUCAUCAGCUUGGCGCAUCGAUUCUUGGAAGAAAGAACUGUGGGAAUCUUGUAAUAUUGGGAUUCCGGUCCAUGAUACUGAGUGUAAUGAUGCCGUCAUCUUUGGAGCACUUGUUGCCUGGUUUUUGAAAGAAUUUGCUGAAAAUGUCAGAGAACUAGAAACUGACCCUCAACCACCAAUUAUUGCACACUUUCAUGAGUGGCUUACAAGCAUUGGUUUAGUAUUUACGCGUACACGUCACCUUCCUGUUGCUACUGUGUUCACUACACAUGCAACACUUUUGGGUCGUUACUUGUGUGCUUCCUCUGUUGAUUUAUAUAACCAUCUUUCGGAUUUUGAUCUAGAUAAGGAAGCUGGCGAUCGAAAUAUUUAUCAUCGUUAUUGUCUUGAACGUGCAGCCGUUCAUUGUGCACACGUAUUUACAACUGUAAGUAAAAUUACUGGCUUGGAAAGUAAGUUUCUUUUGCGAAGAGAACCAGACAUCAUCACUCCAAAUGGUCUUAAUGUUAUUAAAUUUGCUGCACUUCAUGAGUUUCAAAAUCGUCAUGCAUUGGCUAAAGAAAAGCUGAAUCAAUUUAUUCAAGGACAUUUUUAUGGACAUUAUGAUUUUGAUUUGGACAAAACAUUGUAUUUUUUCAUUGCUGGACGUUACGAAUUCCAGAAUAAAGGAGCUGAUAUAUUUAUCGAGUCACUGGCUCGUCUUAAUCAUCAUUUAAAACAAGCACAAACUGAUGUCACUGUCGUAGCGUUCCUCAUUUUUCCAGCUCAUACGAAUAGUUUUAACGUGGAUUCGUUUCGUGCACAAGCUAUUGUAAAACAACUACGUGAAACAGUGAAUUCAAUUCAAAGUGAAAUGGGACAUAGGUUAUUUGAAGUGUGUCUUCGAGGGCUUAUUCCUCAAGGAUCUGAUAUACUUACUCAGGGUGAUGUAUUUCGUCUUAAACGUUGUAUAUAUGCAACACAACGAAAUAAUUUGCCCCCUAUUUGUACACACAAUGUUGUUCAAGAUAAUAUCGACCUAGUUCUGUGUAACUUACGCCGGUGUCAGUUAUUUAAUGAUCGUCAUGAUCGUGUUAAAGUUAUUUUUCAUCCUGAAUUCUUAAGUUCUACCAAUCCACUACUACCGAUGGAUUAUGAAGAAUUUGUUCGAGGCUGUCAUUUAGGUGUUUUCCCAUCAUAUUAUGAACCAUGGGGUUAUACACCAGGUUUGAUUUUAUUUGUCUGAUGUCUGAAUUUUACUAACAAAUCUUAGUUUAACAGCCAGUUAUUUAAUCUUUCGAUUAUUUCCUAUAAUUUGUUUACUUUUCUUUUAAGAAUUAGUAUAACUAGAAUUGAUGAAUUAGUUAUUAUUCUUUCUUUCAUUAGAAAGUGUCUACCAGCCUGAUAGUGAAAUAAUUAUGAAAAACCAAUGUUGUCAGCGUCAACUGUUCUUUGUCUGAAAAGUUGCAGUAUAUAUUUCUUGAAUACAAACGUUACAAUCUGUUAACGUUUUGAAUUCAUGUUAUUGAAUUGAAUACAGCAAAUAACAUUAAUGUUAUGUUUCAGCCAAGCUAAAAGCUCAAAUAAUUAUUCCGUUUCAUUGGUUGUUUUCACCUUUCCAUUGAUGUUUAAGAUUGGAACUGAUCAGUUUUUUUCGGCAUAUGCUUGUCCCUUAUGGAUUGCAUCGGUAUUGCUAUUAAGUUACAAGUAUAGUAGGUUGAGUUGAAUGGUGAUUAACAGUGGAGCCCAAGAAGCUCGUUUCAUCCUUUUUAGAACACAUGAUGUGUUUAAUGAGCUGUAGUGACGAAAGUCUCAUUCGUUAUUAUGAUACUUAAAAAUGACAUGAUUUGGUGCAUUUUUAUAUAGUAAUUAUUCAAUAUUCUUGUAUAUUGCUUUUUUUCAUUUAAGCUGAAUGCACCGUAAUGGGUAUUCCAUCAGUAACAACAAAUCUUUCUGGAUUUGGCUGCUUCAUAGAAGAGCAUGUAGAAGAUCCAAAAUCGUAUGGAAUAUACAUUGUUGAUCGUCGUUUUCAAAGCUGUGAAGACAGUGUUCAACAGUUAACCAAGGUAUUUCUAUACCAUCAAGACUAUCAAAACCGGAAUUAACCUACACCUGCAGUUGGCUCUAUUUCACUCGUUCAUAAUCCCUUUUUGAACUCAUUUUAUGAUCACGUAUAGGAUUCAGCCUUUGGCGACUCAUUUGACAAAUAUGACACAAUUUAAAGUAGAGAGUAUUUCUGUAUCUUUAUGUAUCUUAUAGAAUAAGAAGACAGGAUAAUGAUUGAGUGCUGUGCAUCCAAUUAUAGGUCAUUUUCUAUUGAUAUAUCAAGAUUAAACCAAAAAUAUAUUCGAUACAAAUCAUUUCUGCGAAUAGUAAUAUUUAAGGAAAAACAUCACUUUCAGAGGUGUUCAGAGUUAUCCAGUACUGAUUAACUUUUCAUAAUUGUCUAACCCAAGUCAACCUAUGAUGUGAGAACUUCAAAUUUAACAAUCUACAUAGCACUCUGUAAUAACUUUCAAGGUUGUUUGGACUCAUCUUACUUUGAGAAAAAAAUAUUAAAGUCAAAUAUCAUAUUCUGUUGAAUGUUUUCUUGACCAUUUGGUUUUUCAUACUGCGUCCUUUCAAGCGUCUAAGACAAACAACUGUAGUCGUGUUGUUGUGUCUUCAAUCAUCAUUCGUGAUAAAUAUAUGAUUUCCUAAUGGGCAGCAUAUGUAGAAAAUUUCUUCAAUUUAAAAUGGAUAGCUUAGUUUUAAAAGGGAGUUGGCUGUUGUCCAUCAGGUUGCCGGGUUGUUUUUCUUAAUUGUAAAGUAUAUGAAUAUAAACAUAUAUCAUAAGUAUAAUUUUUUCUUUAAAUCUUUUUUUCAUUUUAUACCUUAUUUCUAAUUUCUCUGUAGUAUUUGGUUGAGUUCUGUCAAUAUUCUCGUCGUCAACGUAUUGUUUUAAGAAAUCGUACUGAGCGAUUAAGUGAACUGUUGGAUUGGAAAAAUCUUUCCUGUUACUAUCAACGUGCCAGAUUAAUGGCUUUAAAGAGAUUCUCUCCAGAACUAUUCACAUCUAACAAUAAUGAUGAUACUUUAUCGACUCAUAGUUUUCAUCUUAGUCGACCAUAUUCAGCACCUGUAUCUCCAUCAUUAUCAGGACAAUCAACACCGUUGCGAAGUGCCGGUGCAAAUAGUUCAAAUCGUAGCAGUCCUACAUCACAUUUAGAUGAUGAUGAAGUUGAUGAUGACACAGAACGAUUAGAACUAGGUCUUGGUGCAGUAGAAAUCAAUGAUCCUGUACCUGGUUGAAGUACGAAAGCAAAAAAAAAUCUUAUCAAUAUUGAAGUAUAAAAUUAGAAUGUGACUAGUUUAUUUUCUUUCUUUAUUUCUUCUCUUUUCAUUAUUUACCAUUUAUUUUAUUUCUUUUUGUUCAUUUAUAAUUCAUUUAGAUCUUUGUUUUAAUGUGCAUAUUUUAUCAAUCUUAUAAUAUUGUUAUCAUCCUUUAUUGAUAAUAGUUUACACUGUACUAAUUUUCUACACUUUAUCAAUGAAUAUCAUUUGGACAUUUUGUAAAGUCAGAAUUUCUGAUCUCAUUUCACAUGUAUCAAUAAGAUUUAGAAUGAUAGAAAAUAUGAAUUUCAUUCAUUUUAC